GUUUACACAACUCUGCAGAACCUCCAAUGUUCCAAACCCAAAAUCCAGCAUGUAGCGGCUGAGUGAAUGUGGUCUGGACUCUGUGGAGGAGAGUCAUGGUUUCAGAGACGCUGUAGAAGGACAGAAGACCUGCUCUGUGAUCCAGGUACACUCCUACUCUGGAGGAACCAGGACCUGAGAUGGAGUAAGUAAGUAAGGUCUUUCUAACAUGUUUGAUUUGAGACAACGUAGGGAGUCUCACUUUCAUCUUGUGUUUAAAGAGCAGAUUAUAAACUACACAACAUUUCUUAAAUUGUGUUAAUAGGCCAAGGAAAAAUCUGAGUUAUGCAAAAAUCAACUUUUUUUUCUGAACAAAUGAGAAAUGUUGAAAACUGGGUAUUCUGAGAAUGUGAAGCGGGAACGGAGUGGCGGCGGGAAUUGAGAAGCGGGAAAAACAGUGAGAUGGCGACAUGGACGGAAAGUUUUGAUAUUGGAGCGAUCUGUGACAUUCAAUUUAUAAUUUAUGUGCAUUAAUUUAGUGGUUUUUGUUUUGUAUAUAAAGGAUGAUGCGCAGAAUGAAUGUGCAGCAGGCACUGGUGCUCUGUUUUGAACUGGUUUCCCUGAGUCAGCUGUUUUUUUACUGGGAAAGGUCAAAUCUAAACCAGUCAAAAACUACCAUAUAUACCUUUGACCUCAGAGGGUUAAAGCCUGUGAGCUAAAUGCUGCUCUGCUGUCUUGUUGAUUUAUCAGGAUUAUAUUGAAGUCAGUUUUAUUCUUUUGUGUGGGUAUUGUUGGAUAAUAUAUAAAAUGAGACACUAGAUGUAGAGUAAAUGUGUACUUCUCUAUGUUUCUCAGUCUAUUAUUCUGUCAUUUAAAUUAGUCUAUAGUCUUAUUAUUUUUAUUUUGUAAAACAGAAGCUUUACUUAUUCAGUAUAAAUAACAUGUAAUUGUGCUUAUCUGAGUCACAAUACGUUAAUAUUUGUGAGAUUUUUCUGUUUAGCUUAAAUGAAAUUUAAACAUUCAAAGUAAUAUACCUGUUUGAAACAUAGAUAUCAAACAUGAUGUAGGAGAAUGUUCAAUACAUUUAAGUACAUUUUAACAUUUCAAAUGCAUUUACUGUUUAACAGUUAAUAAAGCUACAGAAUAUGUUCACUUAUGUGCAGGAUGCAAAAAAUCAACUUAUUAGUGACUCAGAUGAUGUUAGCUAACCUUUACUAAACCUAGUUUAGAGACCAUUGUUUACUUGAGAAUCAACCACACAUAGUACAUUACAUUUUUACCUGUGUUUACUUACCUGUUAUACCACAAUUAUCUGGAGGUAUAUUGUUUAUUUUAAUGCAGCUUUUUAUAUGGAAAUUCCCCUAAAUUUGAACCUAAUGUCUCUACUCAUAUCUGCUGCCAGGCUGAAUCACCAUCCCAACAGAGUGAAAGUGUCAGGGAGGAGAGCAGCCUAUACACACUUGAUGAGCAGCAGCACCCUAUUCAGCACACGCCGCCCUGUAAAAACCCACCUAUGCCAAGAGCUGGCUCUAACCUGACUAAAUCUUAUGCCAUUUCCAUGUACACAGUCAGAAUUAUGCAACAGAAGGUAAAAUACUCAUUUUUUGAAAGGCUAGCAAGAGCCGUUACUUUGACCAGUUUUAAUGUUAUCACAUAGUGCUGACAAACUGCUUUGAUCCCCUGUGACAUCAUAGGCUGUGACAUGUUCCUUAGAAUGGAAUUGUCUGCUCCUUCUUGCUUACCUUCCAUUUAACUUCAACUGUUGAUCAGUCAAGAACACACAGAUAAAUCUUUGAGAAAUCGCUGAAAUGCAUUACUUUUUAUUUGAAACUUUAAAAAAUAUGGGAAUUUGUGAUCUUGAUGAUCCAGCAGGUUGCUUCUGCUGUAGAAGAGGUUGGUUUUGUUUAAUCCACCGGAAACCACAGGACCUCGAGGUAAGACAUACCGACACAACUGACCCAGAAACUAAAUCAUCUAAUACAAAUACCCAACAAAUACCUAUUACAGGCUCCAGAAACACAUUUGAAGGACUCAGAAGGUUGCACCGAAACGCCUCUUUGACUUCAGCAGAUCCUGUAAUCUUUGAAACACUACAAAGAAAUCCUUCUAUUAUCCACAACCUGAAUUUGUAUACUGACAACCUGAAGCAAAGACCCUCUAACAACAGUCAUCAAGACUUGACUGAGAAAAGACAAACGUCACAGGUUUCUGACCCAAACUGUGUUUCUGCUAAGAUCCAGACAAAAGUAGAGACAACUGAUAAGAAGGUUCAAAUCUUCAAGCCUAAAAAUGAUUGCUCAAACAGAACCCUGCCAGAAACAGAAUCAACUAAGGCAUGGACCCAACAGGUUUCCAGUACUGGCUAUGUGUCUAAUGUGGUUCAAAAGCCAGAUGAGACCACUGACAAUAUGACUCAAGCAUCUGGGACAAUAUCUAAAUAUAAUCCUUUUUCUAAAGCCCAGACUGCUUCAGAACAACAGAAUCUUAAAGACUUUGAUAAACCUCUGAAUCAGACCACCAAUGGAUCCACAAACACAUUUGAUGGAUGCACAAAGUUGCACCGAAACGCCUCUUUGACUUCAGCAGAUCCUGUAAUCUUUGUAAUACUACAAGGAAAUCCUUCUAUCAUCCACAACCUGAAUUUAUAUACCGAUAACCUGAAGCAAAGACCCUCUAACAGCAGUCAUCAAGACUUGACUGAGAAAAGACAAACGUCACAGAUUUCUGACCCAAACUGUGUUUCUGCUAAGAUCCAGACAAAAGUAGAGACAACUGAUAAGAAGGUUCAAAUCUUCAAUUCUAAAAACAAUUGCUCAAACAGAACCCUGCCAGAAACAGAAUCAACUAAGGCAUGGACCCAACAGGUUUCCAGUAUUGGCUAUGUGUCUAAUGUGGUUCAAAAGCCAGAUGAGACCACUGGCAAUAUGACUCAAGCAUCUGGGACAAAAUCUAAAUAUAAUCCUUUUUCUAAAGCCCAAAGUGCUUCAGAACAACAGAAUCUUAAAGACUUUGAUUCACCUCUGAAUCAGACCACCAAUGGAUCCACAAAAACAUUUGAUGGAUGCACAAAGUUGCACCGAAACGCCUCUUUGACUUCAGCAGAUCCUGUAAUCUUUGUAAUACUACAAGGAAAUCCUUCUAUCAUCCACAACCUGAAUUUAUAUACCGAUAACCUGAAGCAAAGACCCUCUAACAGCAGUCAUCAAGACUUGACUGAGAAAAGACAAACGUCACAGAUUUCUGACCCAAACUGUGUUUCUGCUAAGAUCCAGACAAAAGUAGAGACAACUGAUAAGAAGGUUCAAAUCUUCAAUUCUAAAAACAAUUGCUCAAACAGAACCCUGCCAGAAACAGAAUCAACUAAGGCAUGGACCCAACAGGUUUCCAGUAUUGGCUAUGUGUCUAAUGUGGUUCAAAAGCCAGAUGAGACCACUGGCAAUAUGACUCAAGCAUCUGGGACAAAAUCUAAAUAUAAUCCUUUUUCUAAAGCCCAAAGUGCUUCAGAACAACAGAAUCUUAAAGACUUUGAUUCACCUCUGAAUCAGACCACCAAUGGAUCCACAAAAACAUUUGAUGGAUGCACAAAGUUGCACCGAAACGCCUCUUUGACUUCAGCAGAUCCUGUAAUCUUUGAAAUACUACAAGGAAAUCCUUCUAUUAUCCACAACCUGAAUUUAUAUACCAAUAACCUGAAGCAAAGACCCUCUAACAGCAGUCAUCAAGACUUGACUGAGAAAAGACAAACGUCACAGAUUUCUGACCCAAACUGUGUUUCUGCUAAGAUCCAGACAAAAGUAGAGACAACUGAUAAGAAGGUUCAAAUCUUCAAUUCUAAAAACAAUUGCUCAAACAGAACCCUGCCAGAAACAGAAUCAACUAAGGCAAGGACCCAACAGGUUUCCAGUACUGGCUAUGUGUCUAAUAUGGUUCAAAAGCCAGAUGAGACCACUAACAAUAUGACUCAAGCAUCUGGGACAAAAUCUAAAUAUAAUCCUUUUUCUAAAGCCCAGACUGCUUCAGAACAACAGAAUCUUAAAGACUUUGAUAAACCUCUGAAUCAGACCACCAAUGGAUCCACAAACACAUUUGAUGGAUGCACAAAGUUGCACCGAAACGCCUCUUUGACUUCAGCAGAUCCUGUAAUCUUUGUAAUACUACAAGGAAAUCCUUCUAUUAUCCACAACCUGAAUUUAUAUACCAAUAACCUGAAGCAAAGACCCUCUAACAGCAGUCAUCAAGACUUGACUGAGAAAAGACAAACGUCACAGAUUUCUGACCCAAACUGUGUUUCUGCUAAGAUCCAGACAAAAGUAGAGACAACUGAUAAGAAGGUUCAAAUCUUCAAUUCUAAAAACAAUUGCUCAAACCAAACCCUGCCAGAAACAGAAUCAACUAAGGCAUGGACCCAACAGGUUUCCAGUACUGGCUAUGUGUCUAAUGUGGUUCAAAAGCCAGAUGAGACCACUGACAAUAUGACUCAAGCAUCUGAGACAAAAUCUAAAUAUAAUCCUUUUUCUAAAGCCCAAAGUGCUUCAGAACAACAGAAUCUUAAAGACUUUGAUACACCUCUGAAUCAGAUCAGCAAUGGAUCCAGAAACACGUUUGAUGGAUGCACAAAGUUGCACCGAAACGCCUCUUUGACUUCAGCAGAUCCUGUAAUCUUUGUAAUACUACAAGGAAAUCCUUCUAUCAUCCACAACCUGAAUUUAUAUACCGAUAACCUGAAGCAAAGACCCUCUAACAGCAUUCAUCAAGACUUGACUGAGAAAAGACAAACGUCACAGAUUUCUGACCCAAACUGUGUUUCUGCUAAGAUCCAGACAAAAAUAGAGACAACUGAUAAGAAGGUUCAAAUCUUCAAUUCUAAAAACAAUUGCUCAAACAGAACCCUGCCAGAAACACAAUCAACUAAGGCAAGGACCCAACAGGUUUCCAGUACUGGCUAUGUGUCUAAUGUGGUUCAAAAGCCAGAUGAGACCACUGACAAUAGGACUCAAGCAUCUGGGCCAAAAUCUAAAUAUAAUCCUUUUUCUAAAGCCCAAAGUGCUUCAGGACAACAGAAUCUUAAAGUCUUUGAUACACCUCUGAAUCAGAUCAGCAAUGGAUCCAGAAACACGUUUGAUGGAUGCACAAAGUUGCACCGACACGCCUCCUUGACUUCAGCAGAUCCUGUAAUCUUUGUAAUACUACAAGGAAAUCCUUCUAUCAUCCAGAACCUGAAUUUAUAUACCGACAACCUGAAGCAAAGACCCUCUAACAGCAGUCAUCAAGACUUGACUGAGAAAAGACAAACGUCAAAGAUUUCUGACCCAAACUGUGUUUCUGCUAAGAUCCAGACAAAAAUAGAGACAACUGAUAAGAAGGUUCAAAUCUUCAAGCCUAAAAACAAUUGCUCAAACAGAACCCUGCCAGAAACAGAAUCAACUAAGGCAAGGACCCAACAGGUUUCCAGUACUGGCUAUGUGUCUAAUGUGGUUCAAAAGCCAGAUGAGACCACUGACAAUAUGACUCAAGCAUCUGGGCCAAAAUCUAAAUGUAAUUCUUUUUCUAAAGCCCAAACUGCUUCAGAACAACAGAAUCUUAAAGACUUUGAUACACCUCUGAAUCAGACCACCAAUGGAUCCAGAAACACAUUUGAUGGAUGCACAAAGUUGCACCGAAACGCCUCUUUGACUUCAGCAGAUCCUGUAAUCUUUGUAAUACUACAAGGAAAUCCUUCUAUCAUCCAGAACCUGAAUUUAUAUACCGACAACCUGAAGCAAAGACCCUCUAACAGCAGUCAUCCAGACUUGACUGAGGCAACAAGAGAGACAUUUGAAUCAACUAAUGCAGAGACAUCACACUUUCCUGGAGUGGCUUUAGUUUCAUCCUCAAUUCAAACAGAAGAUCCAACUAGUGGUGUCUCUCCUCUAAGCAGACAAAACGUCUACAUGUCUCAGUUGUCUGCGGAACAUCUGGACCCUUCUGCAUCUAGGAGAAGACAUGAAUUAAGAGUAAUUCUUGAAAACCCCAAAAUAAAUUUUCAAAAAGCAUCUCCAUCAAGACAAGGAUUGAAUCAAAGGAGAAAUAACAAAAUACACAGGACUGAAGAUACAGAGGACAAUAACCCUUCUAUGGGGGCUGUAGAAAGCUCUUCCAUCUCCAGUGCAGCUCAGCAGCCUGCUUGGAUCAAGACCUGCACUUUAGCUUCUUUCAAUAUGAUUCAAAGAGUAACUGGGGUUUGUGUGCACAUAGCUGGAAGAGUUUUCCAAAGGCUUUCUGUAUUUUUGAUGUCUUUAUCAGAUAGAGUUCUGACACUGGUUCCUGAAAACUUUAUUUGAAUCUUUCUAGCAAUUCCAUUACUUAUAGUUGAGCUCUCAAAAUAAGGCCAGGCCAUAUUUAAAAGAAUUUAAAGGCAUUGGCAAUAGGUAGAGACUGGUACACCUAACAAUCAAAGAAUAACCUUUUAAUAACUAUUUCAGUAAAUAUGAUAUUAAUGGUUAUUUGGUGAUCUGUUAAUAUUUUGUUUUAUUGCCACAGAAGAUGCUGGGAUAUGCUUAUAGUCUUACAUUUUAUAACAGAAAUUAUCACCUGGGUUUUGUUUAAACUCUAACUUUUAGUAUGACAUAGAUAACCUGGGUAAAUACCAAAAAAAUAUAUAUAUUUAAAAGGAAACCUUAUCUAAACCAAACAGGGAUGAUGUAAAACAUGUAAAAACAUUUAAAUGAAGAAAAAAGAAAUAUUUUCAUAUGUGGGUUCUCUCCUGGUGCUCAGGCUUGCCCCACAGUUCAAAAACAUGACUAUUAGGUUCAUUGGUCUCUCUAAAUUGUACUGUUUUAUUCUUAUUCGAACUUAAAUUUUUGUGUUAUUCCCAAUUGAUAUUAAUGUCAUGUUAAACUUAAAAGAAUGUCUUCAGUUAAAAUACUUUAUGUAGUCCAUUUGAUUUUUUUUCUUAUUCAAGACCAAUUUGUCUUUUGAAAUGUAUGUUCUGUGAAACAAUUAAAAUAUUUAUAAUAAAACAAUACAAACCACUGAAGAAAUACAGUUGAACAAAAAUCUAUUAAUAAUCUCUUUCUCCAUUCAAAAUUCCAUUUUCCUUUUAAUAAUAAAUGAAAUUGUGCUUUGUAAUCACCAAACUGCUAAGUAAUAUCAGCAGAGUCCUACAAGGCAAAACUUUCAUUCAAGUCCAACAUCCUACUGCUCAUUUAUAAAAAAUGAAAUUAACACAAAUCACCAACAGUAGGUUCUGAAAGUUCAAUCUGAUAAAAUACCUCUACAUUGUUCCCUGUAUAAGUAACCUCUGCAGCAAACGACUGUUUUCUGCUCCACCAUCUAUAAUCUUCUCACUCUCUAGCAUCUUCAGUACUGGCUUUCCGAGGUGGAGUACAAGAAAGAGUACAAACAUAAUGUACUCAAGUAAAAGUACAGUUACUUUGAUAAAAUUUUACUUAAAUUAUAGUAAAGUUACCAGUGUCAAAUAAAGGUAAAAAGUACCUCAAAACUUUUUUCUUUGGUAAAAGUCAGUUACAUUUUUAUGAGCAGAAGAAAGUCCUUCUUGUGCAUUUCAUAAAGCAAAAUAGGAGAUAAUAGUCUAAAACAGUUUCUAAUUAAAGGGGGACCUUUAUUAACUAGAAAAAUUGCAUUUCCUGCGAAAAUGCAGUGUGAAUGCUGUAAGCUAAAUAUUUUAGCUGAAAGCUGGCAGAAACAAGCUGAAAUUGACUGCAGAAAAUCUGCUGAAA